CCCAAUCUGCUUAACCUGAGGGGAAACACACAAAACAUACAUACCUGGAACAACAGCGCGUGUUAUAAAUGUUAGUCGAUUUUUAAAAUGCUGAAAUUACAUUCUCAAAUCUAGUUUGUUCAAAGGGAAAACACGCACAAUAAUCGUGACGAAAUUCGCUGUUGCUAGGGGCAACCGGGGAAACUUUGUAUCGCCACAAGCCGAAGAUCAAUCACUGCAGCUCACUGCGGUCGAGACGCCUUUGUGAACAAACCUGGUUUAUUUUCUUCUGCGAAACACAGCCUUGAGAGAUUCGACAUGACAUCUCCACAGAAAAUCCAAAUAGACCUCAAAACGAUGAUCAAAGACACCAAACAGGAUAUGGACGAUGUGCACCAAGCCCUGGAAAAGCUCAGAAGUCUCUCUCAGGAAGAAAGGACGGAAGCAGAAGUGCUGCGAUCAAGAAUCGAUGAGCAGUCCACUCUCAUCUGCAUCCUGAAACAGAGAGCAGACGAGAUGCUUCUGCGAUGUCAGGCUCUGGAGAAGAUCAACGCAGAGCUGGAGAACCUGAGAGCCAAUGUGCAGCUGGAGCUGGAGAACGAGAGGAAGAAAUCUGAACUGCUGGAGCAGAGAUUCAUGCACCUGGCCUCCAACCACCGAGAGCUGAUCAACUUCAAGAACGAGUACAAGAGCCAGAACGUGAAGCUGGAGAAGGAGAACGAGAGACUCCGAAAGGAAAAUGAAACGCUUUUCAGUGAGGAAGUGCAAGAAAAAGAGAAGACCAUCCUCAAACUGACUCAAGAGCUCAAGGACUUGGCAGAGCAACAUAAGAGACUAGAAACAGAGUAUCAGGAGAAAACAACAGGUUUCCAGAUUAAACUGAAAGAGCUGAUCAACCUCCAUCAGAUUAAAGAGGCGUCGCUGAAGAACGAGCUGAGCGACACACAGAAACAGCUGAAGAAUGCUGUGGAGAUGUGUGCAGAGUUGGAUUUCAAACUAAGACAAACUCAGGAAAAAGAGUCAAUGAGAGAGACGGACAGUCAAGAGAGACUGGAGAAACUCGUGAAGGAAAAGGAUGAUCUUAUUGAUCUCUCAAUGCAGCGUGGGAAAAUUAUCCUGGACAAGCAAGCUGAAAUUCAGGAGCUGGCUCGGAAAAGACAGGAAGCUGAGAACGCCAGACUAGAUGCAGAAAACCGGUUUGAAAAGGAAGCAGCCGCUGUGAACCGUGAAUUAAAAGUGAAGGAACUACAGGACGCCUUAGAGAAGGCAGAGGACACCUGCAAUGAGCUCAAAAAGGAAUUUGAGGCAUAUAAAAAGCACAGCAGUGGACUGCUUGAGAAGGAGAAGGAGUUAAACUGCAAACUUCGGCACAUGAUCAUCUGAGCCAUCCAUCCCUUUCCAUCAUCAUCAUCAAACCAUCAUCAAAAUCAGCCAUGAUAUAGUGAAAACCAUUGGCUCAUCACAUAUGGGGCAGUUUUAUAAAAUGAACCAGAAGACAAAGCUGAAAUGAGGUUUCUCUGAAGAGAAUGUCUUCCGUCAGUAGGUGCAGUUUAAAGUAUUCCUGUAGGGGAGUUUGAUAGUUUGCAAAUAGGUUGGUUUUGGCUAAACUGUGACUUUUAUAAAUAAAAAUAGCAUUUUUAAACUUCA